CUGAAGUCGAGACCAGACAGCGGCAAGACGUACAAAAUGCCCAAAUUCAACGUGGCCAAAUUUGACGACUAUCACAAGACCGACGCACUAGCUUGGUGGACCGCAUUCAAUACGGAGGCGGACGUGCAUCAUGUUCCCCCCGAGCAGCGCCUCAACGCGCUGUACCUCCAGCUGAUUGGCGGCAGGCAGGCCUUCUUGAACAAUUUGGCAGUACAAAAGGCCUGUACGAUCGCAACACUGCACAACAAGAUUAUUUGGGAAGAGUUUGAGCAGCUGUGGCAGACGCAGUUCAUGGUCCGCAACGUCAGGAAGGCGGUCAUGACCGAGCUCUACCAUUGGAACCAAGGCACUAUGCCUACCCGAGAAUGGUUGACGAAGUGGCAGAAGUUUGUCGCCACUCCGAAAUUCAACCUCGAUCUCGAAGAUUUGAGAUCUGAGUUCUUUUCUCGGUCAUGCGAUGGGUUGACCACGGCUCUCGGCAACGAGCUGCAGGACGAGACCUUCGACGCAGUCAUAUCAAGAGCGACCAUUCUCAUACAAACGGACCGGCGAGCGGCUAAUGAAAGUUGUCAGCAGCAGCCGGCCUAUGUGGCAAAGCCAGGAUUUCAGCGGCACAAUGUAAACGUGAUCCUCACCGGAUCACAAGAAGGCCACGCCGCUGCAGCAGCCUCUGAUGAAGGAGAUGUUGUAGCAGCGAUCCCUCCUCAACGCACACGAGCUCGGAAGAAGAAGGCGAACACCCAGACGUCGGAAGGAGCGGGACAGCAACCGUGGACGCAGUAUCACAUUAGCGAGGAGGUUUAUAACCUCCGCCUGAAGAAAACGCAGCCAACACAUGUAACACUCGCGGACGGACACACGCAAAAGUCAAUUGACCGAUGCGUUGACGGCGUUCCGGUUUACUUUGCGCCAUUCGCGUGCGAGCCGGUGUCUUUUGACAUCCUCGACACCAAGCUGGACAUGAUUCUAGGCAUGUCUUGGUUGCAUAGCGCCGACCACCCAGUGAACUUCCACAACCGCACCAUUCACAUUCGUGAUCGGAACGGUGAGCUGGUCUCGUGUACGGUCCCGCCCCCUCACACUUCGAUUGGUUGCCACGUGGUCUCCGCAGCGAGAAUUCGCGAUGCUAUUACUCGGAACGACGUCGAUGAGAUGGGAAUAUGUUUUUUGCAUACGAUCCCUUCGACGGACGGACCGAAGACAUCGCCGCCGGACCCACGUAUUAUUCAGCUCUUAGACAAUUAUGGUGACAUCUUUGUAGCUCCUGUCGGAAUGGUCCGGGAUCGGCCCAUACGUCAUGAGACUACUCUCGAGGACAGUGUCGUCCCUCCGCAUGGAUGCAUUUACCGGAUGAGCGAAGAGGAACUCGAGGUGCUUUGCGCACAACUUGAUGACCUCUUGGACAAGGGUUGGAUUCGCCCGAGUUGUUCGCCCUACGCUGCCCCGGUUCUCUUCGUCAGGAAGAAGAACAAGGACCUCCGGUUGUGCAUAGACUAUCGAAAACUCAACGCACAAACGGUGAAGAACGUCGGCCCUCUCCCUCGGAUUGAUAAUCUCCUUGUCAAUGAGAGGUUGGGCGGCGCCACGUACUUCUCAAAGUUGGAUUUGAAGUUGGGUUACCACCAGAUUGAAAUCCAGCCCCAGGAUCGGUACAAGACCGCCUUCAAAACGUGGUAUGGGCAUUUUGAGUGGAUUGUUAUGCCAUUUGGCCUCACCAAUGCCCCGACGACUUUCCAAGCGGCUAUGAGCCUAUGACGGCCGAGUUUCGAGACCUACUCAACCCACCGUACUCAUUUACCUCGAUGACAUAUUGGUUUAUAGUCGGACAUUCGACGAGCAUCUCAAAGACCUUCACACUGUUCUCUAAAGGCUUCGCACGGCCAAGUACAAAGCAAAUCGCGACAAGUGUGAAUUCGCACACAGCAGAGUGGCUGGGAGAAGUGGAGCACACGCACAUAGAUCAAGAAGUAAAACCGGAGUAGAUGCAAAGUCCCGACGGCACGUUGCCUGUUGCAGCAUUUUUGCUUGGGUUGAGUGCGCGCUGGCAACGUUGGUUGGCAGGGAGGCCAGUCUGGUAAUGAUUGCUAUGUUGGCAGGUUGUCGAACGUUCAGUCAAAUUGACUGUGUACAAGUGGCGAACUAGGAGCGGAGUCGUGAUAAUAUACACAUACGCAUAUGCAUGCACGUGCCCACACACACACAGGGAUUAUCACAAUAGACAACAAGUAAAGCAGCAUCAACAGC